AAGGAGAAGAGCUCAAUCUGCUUCAUUGUUAAAAACACUGAAAUCUGAGCAGUUCUACCCAAGACUUUUCAUUGCGUGCACUGCCCGAAAUCUGGACUGGAACCGCGUGGACAUUGUCUGGGACAUGUAUUCUACAAGCAAUCUGAAAGGUGUCACUCGGGAAAGUCGAGGAGUAGGAAUUCGGCGCCAGGAUCUUUCCACUAAGAGUAAGCUUCACAUGACAUAUUUUUGUUAAAUAACCUCGAAAAUGGUUCAUUCAGAAAUGAACAAGUUGUUUGCAUUCCUUUCCAAUGAACUCCUGUUACUUCUUCAAGAUAUGCAAUUAUGCAUAUUGUCACCAACAUUGGAUCGGCAGUCGAAUCUUCAAUGCCUCUGGGCUCUGUUCUACCAGACAUUCCUUCUGAAGGCUUGGAGGGAGCUGAUGGGCAACUCAUUCUUCAUGCAAUGGAUAUAGUGUACAGUGGUGCACCAAGGAUUGUUAUCCGGAGUAGUGACACGGGCGUGCUAGUGCUGGCAAAUUCUUUUUUCUAUGAGUUUCACAGGAAAGGACUCUGGGUGUUGUUCGGUAAUGGGAGAGCUCGUCGAUACGUGAAGGCACACGAUGUUGCAUCUGUUUUAGGCGAAAGCAAAGCAGUAGCCCUCCGCUUCUUCCACUGCUUGACAGGGUGUGACACAGUAAGCCACUUUUCUACAAGAGGAAAGCGUAAUGCAGUCUCGGCCUGGACGAAAGAAGAUUAUGAGAGUUUCUUCUUGCUGAGCCAUCCAAUAAGUCUGCCACUGUCAGAUGACGUACUUUGUGGUGUCGAGAAGUUCGUUAUUCGGAUGUACGGCGUCAAAGAUCAGCGAAUUCAUGUUCGCCACCUUGAACUGUCCAGUACAGGUCAUUUCCUCUUCCAGGAGCGCUUUGAUAAAGCACAUUCAUCAUGCCGCUUACCAGGCUGGACAGGUAUGAGGAAGAGCAGCCGCCGGUAGCAAACCGCCCUCGCCGGAAUCUUGGUGCUGGACACACUCCAGAAUGGUCAGUGGAC